AUGGUGCCUAAUCGCCAGCUGCGAAUUGGCCAACUCAACCUGGGAGGUUCAGAGGUGGCUACUCUGGAGCUACCGCAUAUUGCCCGCGAACUGAACCUGGACUUAGUGAUGAUCCAGGAACAGUACCCUCCGGCAGCUGCUGAGCUUCAUGUGAUACAGACGGGCGAGAAACCCAAGGCUGCCAUCUACGUGCAUAACAGGCUUGCUGGUGUAGCGGUUGCCCACGAACUGUCCAACAGGAAGCCAAAGAGGGACGCUGGUUACGAAUGGUGGAAUAGCAAGCUUGAGACGGCACGGAAGCGUACCUUUAAACUUAGGACUGUAUGGCAGAAGUCUAAAAGGUCGGGCGGACUGAAAGAAAUUAUGGCAGGGGACGCGUAUCGUGCGGCGCGCCGCGAAUACCGCAAUUUGAUGGGCGUGGAGCAGAGCAACCACUUUAGACAGGUAGCUGAAAGCGGCAACACUGACCUCUGGGGUCAGGCUUACAGGGUUGCUAGCGGCAGAAUACAUCCCCCUGCCAAUAUCAUUAAUGCCACCAAAUACAUAGAGAGACGCGUAGCCCGGCCCCUCCGACAUCUGCCGGAGGAUUACCGCCCCUGUUGCGGGGAUUCUUACCACGGA